AUGUCACCAACAUGGAGGAUCGUUAUGGGCUGUGAUGAAGCUGGAGUUUCCUACAAGGACGCCAUUAAGCGCGAUUUCGAAUCCGACAGCCGCGUCACAGAGGUCAUCGAUGUCGGCUCCAAAGAGUCCAGCGACAAGACGGCCUAUCCUCUACGAGCAGCGGCUGCCGCACGAAUUGUUGCCGAGGGCAAGGCCGACCGCGCGCUACUCAUCUGUGGAACCGGAUUGGGAGUCGCCAUUGCUGCCAACAAGGUCAAGGGAAUCCGAGCAGUUACCGCCCACGACAGUUUCAGCGUUGAGCGAAGCGUGCUGAGCAACAAUGCCCAGGUUCUCUGUAUGGGCGAGCGUGUGGUCGGACUUGAACUAGCCCGAAGGCUGGCCAAGGAGUGGCUCGCGUAUGAAUUCGACACAACGAGCGCAAGCGCCAAGAAGGUUGACGAGAUUACCAGCUUGGAGGCUUGA